UCAGGCACGGAGUUAACCAAAAGGGGGACGGGUUUUCUCAUGAGCACUCCGCGCGUUCUGUGAAGCCGUGGUCGUCAGCUGCUGCUCCGUGUUUUGGAGACAUCAUGGUCGUGUCGGUGCGGAGCUGGGUGGCCAACGAAGGAGCAAAGCACUUAGUUCUGUUAUUGUGGCUGGGGACGAAUGCCUGGUUAUUUGUGAGGACCUUUCUACUCUAUUCCACUGGACCACAAUAUUACUACCUACAUAAGAUGCUUGGGCUUGGGCUCUGCAUCAGCCGUGCCUCAGCCUCAGUGCUAAACCUGAACUGCAGCCUGGUUCUGCUGCCCAUGUGUCGAUCUCUUCUCACGUUUAUCAGAGGAACACAAAAGAUGUCCAGCAGAAAGACGCGCAGACUGCUGGACAAGAGCAAGACCUUCCAUGUUGCGUGUGGAGUUGCCAUCUGCAUCUUCUCCGUUUUGCAUGUUUCUGCCCACCUUGUGAAUGUGGUCAACUUCAGUACGAGCUAUUCAGAGGAAUUCCCUGCUCUCAAUUUGGCCCGUUACAAAGGAGAGGAUCCCAGGGUGAUUGUUUUAACUACAAUCCCAGGUGUCACUGGGCUCUUGUUGGUUCUUAUCCUAUUUUUGAUGUUUAUCUCAUCAUUCCACUGCAUCAGGGCUUCUAAUUAUGAGAUCUUCUGGUACAUUCACAACCUUUUUAUAGUAUUUUACAUAAUCCUGAUGAUGCACAUUGUUGGUGGGGCUUUGAAGUACCAGACCAACAUGGAGGCACACCCCCCUGGUUGUGUCAGAUCAAACCAGAGCAGCUCAGGGCAGGACAGGGAAGAGGCGGAGCAGGCAGAGGACGGAGAGCCACGGUGCAGAGAGGACCCCCACUUCCACCAUCACUAUCCCCAAACCUGGCUUUGGGUGUCUGCUCCCCUCUGUCUGUACUGUGCCGAGCGUGUAUACCGCUACAUUCGGAGCAGUGAACCUGUUACUAUCGUGGCUGCCAUGAGACACCCUUGUAAUGUCAUGGAGCUGCGCAUGGUCAAGAAAAACUUCAAAGCUCGCCCAGGACAGUAUAUUUUACUCAACUGCCCAGGUGUCUCUUCCUUUGAGAACCAUCCCUUCACGCUAACAAUGUGCCCUUCGGAGAACAAGCAGACUUUUGGUAUCCAUCUGAGGGUUGCUGGUGACUGGACUGAUCGGUUCACACAGCUUCUACUCCCCCCACCAAAGCUAGGCCUUGAAAUCCUUCCCAUGGUGCAACAGAGGAGAUAUCCCAAGCUUUACGUGGAUGGGCCAUUUGGCAGUCCUUCAGAAGAUGUGUUCAAUUAUGACGUCAGCCUUUGUGUGGCGGGGGGAAUAGGAGUCACACCAUUUGCCUCUGUGCUUCACGCAUUGCUUGAUGGUUGGACUGGUUUCAAAUUGCAGAGAUUGUACUUUGUGUGGGUCUGCAGGGAGCUCCAGUCCUUCUACUGGUUUGCUGACCUGCUAUGUGCCCUGCAUCAAAAGCUUUGGUUGGAAAACAAACCUGACUAUUUCAACCUGAAACUAUACUUCAGUCAGGCUGAUAAGCUGCAGAACAUAUCCGAGGAGAAGUAUCAAGUGCUCACUUCAAGGCUGCAGUUUGGGAGACCCAGGUGGAAACUGCUGUUGAAUGACAUUGGACGGGCCAAUACAGGGAGGAGAGUGGGGGUGUUCUGUUGUGGACCUAAAGGCAUUUCCAAGACCCUUCACAGACUGUGUAACUCCAACCCUCUCACAGGAACCAUUUUUGAAUUCAACAAGGAAUCCUUCAGCUGACUGACAGCAACAGGUUUUUUCAUGAGAAAUUUCUAGUUUUUUGUUACCAACUUUGAUACUUGAAACAUUUUACAAAAAAAUAGUC